CGAGGCAGGAGAGCCAUCGAUCGGUCGAUCGAGGAAGGAUGCGAGGCGCCACAGUUUUAUUAACAAAUUAUAAUAAAUAUUCGAGGAGAUGAACGAUGAUACCAGAAAAGAUGUAAGAAAAAAUUUAUUUGGCUCUCCAUUCGCUGACGUUCCUUCCGCAUCAAAUUCUGUGCUCGGCAGAAAUGUUCGUUCAUAUCCAAGAAGGAGGAACGCCGAAAGUAAUAUUCCGGAGUGGAACGUUCCGACUCCUAAUCGAUCUCCCAUUUUGGGUAAAAACUCGUGUUCUAAGGUGAGAAAGCGAAGGAAGCUAAUGAGAGCAGCGGAUUUAAACAUGAACUCUAUGGGUCCUCGUGACACGGUGGUCACAGAAUAUUUAGAGAACAAACGAAAAAUCAUGUGCACUCAAAAAGCGGGUUUGUCGUUUGAACAAGAUAGAGAACGUUUGCAAAUCGAUUUCGAACGUGCACUCGACACAGAUUCCACGAGACGCGCACCUCUCGCGGCAGAUUCGAAGGUUGUUCAAAAGGACAAGGGUGAUAAAAAGAAGACGGAAACGAUUGAAAUCGAAAGUAGCAAUGGUGAGGAUAACGACGCCGAUGACGCCGAAAAAGAGACGGAAACACUCAACACAGAUUCCACGAGACGCGCACCUCUCGCGGCAGAUUCGAAGGUUGUUCGAAAGGACAAGGGUGAUAAAAAGAAGACGGAAAUGAUUGAGAUCGAAAGUAGCAGUGGCGAGGAUAACGACACCGAUGACACCGAUGACACCGAAAAGAAGACGGAAAUGAUUGUGAUCGAAAGUAGCAGUGGCGAGGAUAAUGACGUCGAUGACGUCGAAGAAAUACAUAUAAAGAGCAGCGAUACCGAAGUUCGUCCCAGCGAUGGUAUAGAACUCGAGGCCACGCAAAAUAUUGUCGUUGAUGGAAAUCAGGAUCGAUCCCCCGUUUUCGGAGCAUCGCCGUUCUCGUGCGAUCAGUCGUCUGACGAGACGUUCUUCUCGGAAAGGGAACGAUCUCCUUGCGAUUUGAUUAGCGCGAAACCUUCUCAAGAGAUCUCCGGGGGUUCUUCGGCAAUUAUCAAUGUCGUGGAGGAGAAGCCGCCCGAAACCGCGCUCACCAUCAGCGCGGAGACAUCGCCGCGGAGGACGCAAUCGGAUCCCUCGAUGCAAUUGACUCUUCUAGACUCGGGAAAAAAACGGAAGAAACCAAAGAGGGGAAGUUUGACGGAGAAGUUACAUUCGAUGAUCAAUAAUCAAAGAUCGUCUGUACGUUUGUGGAGAUAUCAGUUGAGACGAACAAUGGAAACCGGGACUCCUGUAGCUUCCGUUUCCGUCUUUGUCCGAGAGUGCGUCAGUCGCCUCGGUAGACAGUUCCUAGAAGGAUUCGUGGUCGAAGAUUCGCACGGUUUAUUAUCGUGGGACAAGCGAUUACUAUGGAUCAUGAUCGUUCCUGAAAUAACAGGCAAGAUCGAGAUGAAAUCCGAUGGUUUAAGAACAAUGUCGAUAGCUCAAGAUCGGCCAGAGCUCUACGAGGAAGUGAAGCUUUAUAAAAAUGCCCGGGAAAGGGAAAAGCACGAUAACCAGGCAGACUUGUACGCGGUCGUGAAUACUUUGCAACACCUCGAGAAAGCGUACAUCAGAGAUUGCGUGACUCCAAAGGAAUAUACGGCUGCAUGUAGCAAACUGUUGGUGCAGUACAUAGCUGCUUUCAAACAGGUGCAAAGCGAACAGUUUCCUACGAUAGACGCAUUCGCCAGAGCGUUUCGAUUAGACUGCCCAGCCGCGCUCGAAAGAAUCAAGGAAGGCAGACCUAUCACCAUAAAGGACGACAAAGGGAACACGUCAAAAUGUAUCGCGGACAUCGUGUCACUGUUCAUCACGUUAAUGGACAAAUUACGGCUGGAAAUCAAAGCUAUGGAUCAGCUACAUCCAGAUCUGAGAGAUCUGAUGGAUACCAUAAACAGAUUGAGCAUCUUACCGAGCGACUUCGAUGGGAAAGAAAAAGUCGCGGAAUGGCUACAAACGCUGAGUAAUAUGUCUGCAUCCGACGAACUGUCCGACACGCAAGUCAGACAGUUGAUCUUCGACCUGGAAACGUCCUACAAUGCUUUCACUAAAAUUCUGCACAAUUCUUCGUAAUAAUCGCUGUUCGGUCAAUAUCUAACGAUUCCCCGUUCAGAUGUUCAAGGAUAUCGUAAUCGGUUUGUAAUUAUGCUAUGAGAACGUGUACAAAGGAAGAUGGCUGUUUUAUACAAAGUUUAACGCACUGACUCCAUGGCAAAUUGUUCAAUGUAAUACACAAGGCAAUGUACGUGCUAUAUUGAACGAAAGAAUAAAUAUGAUUGUUGGUGCUCGAUCGAACGAGUGAAUCGAUCCUACGUUUACCAACGAUGCGAUUGAUCAGCGGCAGUUUAAGAAUAAUUCCCUGCUUCUAGCUAAGAUAUUUCUUAUAAUAAAAAUAGAAUCUGGUUUA